AAAAGAAAAAGAAGAAGAAAGAGACAGUUGAUUGAGCGAGUGGUGUGUGUAUAUAUAUGCUAUGCAUAGGCAGUCAUAAGCAUGUCAGUUUCAUUCUACUUGUGCUCCCGCCAUACUCUCUGUUGCAUUUUCUUGCUCUUCCACCAUGCCAAAGAACAAGCGACGGGAUAAUACCGAAGAACAAAAUCACGACGGAAAUAGCAACGAUGAAGACUCUAAUGACUCAAAAACAACAACUAACAAGCAAAGUAAAGGAGCGAUAGUGUUGGGAGUUUACCUUCAUUGUCAAGGUUGUGUUGAAACCGUCGUCAAAUCACUCAGAGGAUUCGACGGUGUUGAAGAAAUAGAACCUAAUACAAGAGAUCAUCGGGUGAUUGUGAAAGGUAACAACGCCGACCCUAUCAGAGUCGCAGAACGCGUCAGGAACAAGUUAGGCAAGCAUGUGGAGCUUAUUUCUCCUCUACCCAGGAAACAACCAGAGAAGAAAGUAGAGAAGAAACCAGAGACACCAAAAGUGGUAGAGACCGUGUUGAAGAUAAACUUGCAUUGCGAGGGUUGUGCCAAGGACGUUAGGCGUUGCAUCCUGAAGAUGAAAGGAGUACAAACUGUGAACGUUGAUAUGAAGAAAUCACAUGUGAUGGUAAAAGGCAGUUUUGAUCCACAAAGUCUAAUAGCAUACAUUAGCAAGAAGGGUGGAAGGCAUGCGGAGAUGGUGAAUGUGAAGAACAAACAAAGCAAGAAUGAUGGUGAACAAAGGGAAGGUGAUCAACAUGAGAAUUCGAAGAAAGAGAAAGAGAAAGAGAAAGAGAAAGAGAGAGAAAAAGAAAAAGAAAAAGAUGGGAAGAUCGCAUACCCAAACGUGCCUCCAGGGCUUGUUUACGCACCACAACUAUUCAGUGACGAGAAUCCAAAUGCUUGCUCCAUCAUGUAA